CGACAAUUGGCACCUCUGCGGUCAAUGACGGCGUUUGAAUAUACAAGAAGCCUGUUGUGUUUUUGUCCUGGCUUUCGAAUCAUACGAAGAUACCUUCGCAUUGAGAUGAGAUGACCAGUGACCCUGUUCGCCCCGGUCUCUAUCCGCUUUCCCAAGUCAAAGCUGCACCGACAGUCUCCGGCCCAUCUUUGGCUCCACUGGCCAUUCCCUCAAAUGCACAGUUGCCGUCUCGAUCUCCAUCGCGUCCUCGUCACAAGAAGACUCCCAGUCGUGAUGAAAAGGUCGCUGACCCAACGACAGACAAGGUUACUGUCGCCCUUAUCCGCCGGGUUCUUUGUCCCGGAACUGGUGGUUACGGUGCAUCAUCGUCAGCUCCGCAGUCUCUCGAGGAACUGCUGCCUCCUCUUACAAGUUCCAACGAGGUUGAUUUUCAACUUUAUGCCCUUCUUGCAAUAAUCAUCAAGGAGUUCGUGUAUUCGUGGUAUUCAAAGAUCACCCCGGAUCAUCUCCUCGUCAACGAGAUCAUCCAAGUGGUUGCUCAUUGCACUCGGGCACUUGAACAGAGGCUGCGACAAACAAAUGUUACGCAGUUAAUAUUGGAUGAGCUUCCAGCCCUUGUUCAAUCUCAUAUAGUCUCUUACAGAUUGGCUCAGCAGCAGUCUAAACUGUCCGGAUUACCUACCUCUUUACGCAAGGUCUACCAUGCGCUGAAUCCCCACCCAGGUCUCUCUCCUGUUCCUGAUCCCUCGGACAGUCAGGCCAUCGCCCAGCAACAGGAAAAUGAGGCUAUAUACCGUCAAUUGUUAGCCCGCGGUGUAUUAACCGUGCUCCUUCCUACAGAGGAUCUUGAAAAUACUGGUCUCCGGACGUUUGUCGGUGACAUUCUGGCCGAUCUGAUUCUUGGGAAUGAAGUCAGUGGAAGGGCAUGCGAAGGAUGGUUCCUGUGGGAAUCAGCUACCAAACUAAUUGAUAUUGGCACACAGUGCAAUUCAUCUGAUCAGGGCUCAAAUAUGGCGCAAGAGGCACCGCAAAGCCGGUUGGAAAAGUUUGGACUGCUUGCAGUCGAGAAACCUCAGAAUCAACACUCAUUACCAGAGACUCAGUCGCGAGUUACCGUUUGGAUUUGGAAGCUUCUGCAACUUGUCUAUUUGGGAUAUCUCGCUCUGCGGUUCAUCACAACAGGGUUGUUGCGUGUUGCAUCGACUCCGGCCGUGAGCGUCUCACCAACGGCUACCAGUCCAACCAAUGACUAUCCCACCAAGACGAUCCCGUCAACUGACCGCGCCACAGGGAGGCGCCCGGUUCUCGGCUACAGUUUCUACGGCAUGCUCUCACAACUGUUGGAUGUUCCAAAGAGGAUGCCAUGGCUCGGGGGACUACUAGAGCUCUGCCAGUAUCUAGCGUUGGAGGGCCCCUGCAGGCUAGGCGACACAGAUAGUGUUCUUGAUAGGUUCCUCCAUGAGACGAUUCAGGACUACGUAUUGACACCCACCUUGCUGCCCAAACUCCUCGUGGCAACCAGAACCGUGCUAUUCCCGCAAUAUACGCGCCCGCCUCAAGCCUCAGCGAAAGCUUCCAACGAUGUAACUGCUCGUGCUAGCGCCGUCAGCGACAACCAUACAAAUAAUAUUAACACACCAGCCGCCACUCCCGCAGCACCAACCAUCUCUCCCUUUUUGCCGCCCUCGCCUUCUGGAUUCCAGGAUCAUAGGCCCUCUUCAGCAGAAAUUGCGGUUAUAAGGCGGCAAUGCGCGACUAAAAUUCUGUCGCUGGUCCCGCGAAAAGUCGCGCGGAUAUUUUUCGGGCUUCCACCGGCCAUUUCAUCACCAGUUAUCGGCCCGAGGCUGCAGGAAGCGCCGGCUGACGUCGACAUUGACACUGAUCGUUCGACAGUCCUUGAGACAACGGGAGCUGCAGAAAAUGACGAUGAGGGAACAUCCCUUCUUCUAACAGCCAUCGAGGACCUCCUUGACCUCUUCGCCGAUGAAUAUUGCAAUAAGCAUUUAAUCUAUUCCAUGCUCGAGACCUUUUUGGCGAGACUCCUUCCGGAGCUAUCGGAGCGCUCUGUGGCCGAGUUGAUGGAGGACAGGGGAUUAAGCUGAUGCUGAACUCUUUACGAUGUCUUGCUUUUUUCUUUGAUGGUCCAAUGAUUCGAUACCAGUAGUAGUAUAGUAAUUCAGCCCAGACGAUAAUAUAUACUGUAUCAGUAUAUGAU